GUCAAUUAGGGAGGAAGGGAAAGGGAUCAUAGACGGGAGAGCUCGUUGUGCUCGACUUUCUUUGGUCGAAAAUUUAAUACAGCCCGGCGYUAAAAUGUUUACUCGUUAAUAUCUUUUAUGGUGUCCGUUCCGGUACCUUCGCUAAUAAUGUCACCUGAUAACGAUCUAGUUUAAAAACUCGCAUGAUGUUGGUAUCGUUCCACAAUGCAAGCUGAAUCAGUACKCUUUUCUAAAUUUAUAAAUAACCCUCUGUUCUUUCAGCAUCCAAGGUUUCUAUCGAGGCUAAGAAUUUCAGUGUCGUCGAGUCUAAAACACUGACACUUUACUGCAACACCUCUGUCUUUUCAAACUCUACCGUGACAUGGAUAAAGUCCAGUGAUCGCGACAAUAUUCUGUCACGCAACAAUACACUGACGUUUAGUAACAUCUCUCGAGGAGACAGUGGUCGUUAUAUAUGUAAUGCAACAAACGGAUCAUGGUACUUGGCUGAUGACACCUUUGUGAAUGUCAAAUAUGCUCCAAGUAACCUAAGUCUMACUUCAAAUCGCACUGUCAUGAAUAUGUCCCAGGCAACACUGACAUGCAAUGCAACAGGCAACCCAUCACCAAAUGUUACGAUUUACAAAGAUGAGAAGCUACUAAAAGCAGGCUUAAAACAUGUUAUGGUUGAAUUUCAACCUGUGACAGUAAAUCAUACAGGAUGGUACACAUGUGAAGCGUUUAAUGUUGUAGGAAAAGUAGAUAAGAAGACAUACCUUGACGUACAGUAUGCACCAAUUGUGUCCAUUACCACUGGUUCAACCGUUAAUGUUUGGCUUGGUAAAGUUGUCCAGACAAAGUGUCAAGCAACUGGUAAUCCUGUACCUAAUGUCAUGUGGUACAAGGAUGAUCGCAUUAUGUCAUAUACUGCAGACUUAAACAUAAACAUUACUUCUAAAAAACAGAUUGGGAUAUAUCAAUGUGUUGCUUGGAAUAUCAGAGGAAACACGUCACGUGAAGUGCUGUUCAAUCGAACCAGAUUUUGUCCUGGAGUCACUAAAAUCACCAACAAUAUGACGGACCUUACUUCACCAAAUCUUACAUUAAUAUGGUCAAAGCCAGAUAUCAACGGUAGCCCAAUAACGAGUUACUAUAUACGGAAGCAGCAGAUCUAUAAGAAUGGUACCAAGGGACUCUUGGAAUGUUCGGGUACCACCUCGCCUCCAACCAGGAAGUACUUCUUUGUUUUGUCUUGGGGAGCAAAAUAUCAAUUUUACGUCGUCGCAAAAAAUGGACAGGGCGAAACAAAUGGCCAGCCGAAAACUUUUACUGUGAUUGAAGAACCAACAAUCCAAACAACAACAAUAGCAGUCAAGCCGUUCCCCACUGUUGCUGUCGCUGGUGGAGCUGGAGCCUUUGUAUUCAUUCUUUUUGUUAUAUGCUUGGUUUGCUGYAUUCGAAGAAAAUCCACUAAUCAGGAUAUCAUACCACCGCCUUGUCGAAAGCAGUCAAAUUUUAAUCACAGUAUGCUAAUGGAUGAAUUAUCAUCAAGUGUGUCACCUACCACUCCAAGUGAACGCUACCAGGGACAUCUUAGUCUUAAUAGUAGACGCAAUACUCAACAUCAAGACGAGCCGUUCAGUGAGCAAGUCAUUUACGACAACGUAGCGUUUGUUGACAAGUCCGUGGAGGGCUGGGAGAUACCUCGAAACAACGUGUGCAUCGAGAAAAUUAUUGGCAAAGGUGCAUUUUGUCAAGUUGCCAAAGCUUUUGUAACAGGACUAGGCACUGUUGCAGUUAAAAUGAUAAGAGGAAAAGGGGAUCAAUCGUCUAAUCGCAAAGAUUUGCUGGAAGAAUAUAAAUUGCUACAACACCUUGGACAGCACGAUAAUGUCAUUCUCGUGUUGGGUGGAGUCACAAUAACAGAUCCUGUAAUGGUUUUGUUUGAGUAUGUCCCUUAUGGGGAUCUGCUGGGCUAUCUAAGGCGCAGUCGCGGGCUCACCGACACAUAUUACAGYGAACCYGACAACCCGUCGACCAGUUCUCUGUCGUCGAAGCAGCUACUGAGAUUUGCGCGCGAAAUUGCUGAUGGAAUGGCUUUUAUAUCGAGCAAAAAGAUUAUUCAUCGUGAUCUUGCUGCUCGUAAUGUUCUUGUGGGUCAAGGGGAAACAUGUAAAAUCACUGACUUUGGAAUGGCAAGAGAUGUAAAACAUAACGACGAUAUUUAUAGAAAGAAAAAAAAGGGUCGUCUUCCUGUUAAAUGGACAGCAUAUGAAGCUCUUUUGUAUGGUUUUUAUUCAACGCAAAGUGACGUAUGGAGUUAUGCUAUAGUACUCUAUGAAAUUUUCACGAUAGGUGGAAGUCCGUACCCUGACAUAGAACAUCGACAUAUCGCAGAGAAAAUCUAUAAAGGAUAUAGAAUGCCAAAACCUAAACAUUUAGAUGAUGAAAUAUAUGCRCUGAUGACCGAGUGYUGGAGAACCUCGCCCGACUUACGACCGAGUUUUGAAUCAUUACGCUCUACGCUCAAAAGACUAGAAAAACAUGAAAAGGAGUACGUACAUAUGAAUGAUUAUGAAAAAGACCUGUAUGCGAACUUGGCUGAAAUAUAAAGAUUUGCGACAGAGGCUUGUUUCAGUUCAGCCCAGAGACUCUCAUUGUCUGUGCUUUCGUAGUGGGAAGACAGCGUUCUCACACUGAUAAAGCAUCUUUUGUAAAAAAAGGCUAUAGAUAAUGAUACAUUUACAUAGCAUGGUAUAGUAUUAUUUUUAUUUUAUCAAUUAUUAUUUUAUAAUAUGUUAGUCACAAAUAAAUAAAUAUUGAUUGAGACUG